AUGACUAGUGUACCAACAUGUUAUAGUUGUAAACAACCAAUUGCAGAUAUUUGUUUGGCAGCUUUUGGUUUACAAUGGCAUCCUUAUCAUAUUGGUUGUAAUACUUGUGGAAAGGACUUUUCAGAUGGAUCAAGAUUAGAAGAAGGACCUGAUGGAUUUGCCUAUUGUUCAUUACAUUUUAUCGAUAAAUUUGCACCAAAAUGUUUCAAAUGUCAACAAGCCAUCUUGGGUCAAACUACCAAUGCUCUCAAUAGAACUUAUCAUCCUGAACAUUUUUCUUGUAAUACUUGUAAUAUGCAAUUAACUGGAAACUUUUUCCAUACAGAUGAUAAUACACCAUAUUGUGAAAAACAUUAUUAUGAAACGAUUGGAUUUCUUUGUGCACAUUGUGAGAAACCGAUUCUCACUGGUAAAUGUAUUUCAAUGGGUACCAAACGUUAUCAUCCAGAACAUUUCUUUUGUCAAUUUUGUAAAUGUGCAUUAUCAGGUGUUGGUUAUAAAAAACAAAAUGAUAAAGCUUAUUGUAAAGAAUGUCAUUUAAAGUUAUUCUAA